AGCGGCUAGCGGGUUGAGCUAACAGCUGAUGGCUAAUCAGAGUCACUAGCUGAAGUGGGGGUUAUUUAUUUUAAGGAAAUUUCCUGACACAAACAGUCAGAAGGAUAAUAAUGAAAGUUGUUGUUGUAUCACACCGAGUCGGUUCGAUGUGAUGUGAUGAUUUAAUCGACUGUGUACGUGUAGCUCAGUUCGCUAGCUAGCGAAGAUUUCUGAUUAGCCGCUGAUGCUAACUUGGGGAAGUUUGACAGUCUGGCUAAUGACAGCAGCGGUGUUUAUCAGAAUUCUCUUUACUCUGCUUAUCAAGUUUUAUGUUUAUUUGUUAAUCCUAAUAAGUGUGUAUUUUUUAUGUCGGGGGGGAAAUCAGCGUGUAGUUGUGUUUAUAUUUAACUCCAGCAUUAUUAGGUUUGUAUUUAUUUUUGUUCGCUGUGUAGGUUAAAAGCUUAUUAGCGGGGAUAAAGUGAUAAUAUUGUGCUUUAAAAAAAAACAAUUUUAGUCCUACAACAGCGGUAGACAUUGACCAGUUACUGUGAUAUAAUUGUUGUGGAUUCAGGAUCAUUCUUGUUGUUAAGGUUAAUGAUUGUCACACACUCGCUUAGGGAGCAUUUAUGGUGUGUAAAUAUCAGUGAUCUUAAAAUUUCUUCUUCUUUAAAUCCAUUCCUGUUUAUUUCCCAACAAUUAGGAGGAUGAAUAUAUAAAGGUGUAGCCUAUAUAAAACAACAAUAAUAAAAAAUAAUAAAGUAGUUUAACUCUGCAGACUGAAACGCACGAGUCGUGCACAAGUUUCUGUUUUGUUCAGAAGCGUAUUUUUAUAUAAAUGAGAUGUCUAAUCUCCCGCUAUGCGAAUAUUUCCGAUGGAUUUCUUUUUUCGUUGAGAUGAGGGUUGUUUUGGGACGGAAGCCUCCCAGUGUGUGCUCGGUGCUGGUGUUUCUCUGCUUCAUUCCUGCACAGGAUGUGAUGACGAGGUGAAAAUGGCGGAUCUUUCGAAAUCCAACCCCGGGCCUGAAAUAGAAAGUAGACGCGCAGCGCCCGACUCUGUUUUCGGGAUUGUUUACUGCUCUUUACAGUUUACUUACCAGCAUUUACACGUAUAUUUCCCUCACUCGAACACUGUAGAACCUCAGAAUGGAGGAGAAGUGUAUAUAAAGUGUGUUAUAUUCCCUGGAUGAAGGCGUGAAGUGAAGUCGGGUUUGCGCUCCGAGGCCUGAAAGUGCGACGCGGCGGUGACGGAGUGUGUGUGAAAGCAUGGACGUGGUGUCUCCUGACCUGAACAGCAUCCUCCCGGAUGAGAUCAUGGACACCGAGGCCAUGGCCAUGGAGGAGGACCCGCCUGCCGAGACCCCGGCUCAGUCGUCCCACUCGGCCCCCGAGCCGGCUCAGGUUCCUAUGGAAACAGAGGUGCCUGAAAUCGUCAGCUUGUGCCCCGCUACCACGCCGAUGCAGAAGACGGAAGCUCUGACCACCUUGACUGCGACAGACUCCACGCUGUGCGUCAGCACCGGGACUCAGCUCGUCGUCACCUCUUCUUCCUCUACCGGCCCCAAGAUGGCCACCGGUCCCUCCGCUGUGACCACCACGCAGCCCAACAGUCCUGUAGUGGGUCAGAGCAUCGCCAAACUCUCGUCCCCGUUCACGCCGACCAGCCCGGCCAACCACCAGCUCAUCAUCAACAAAGUGGCUGCGGACGGCAAGUCUCCUGGUACCACACUGCUCAAACAGGAAGGGCAGAAACUCCUGGUCACGGGUCUGAGUAAAAUGGGGCAGCCGAUUGUCCUGGCGCUGCCGAACACAUGGAGCAAACCGGCCACGUCUCAGGGCACGGGUGUCGACAUGAAGCCUCAGCCCACGCAGUUCAAAGUGGUAUCAGCGGGGACCAAGCCUGUGAUUGGAGUACAGGCUGUGAGCUCAGCCAGUCAGCUGCUGGGAUCCUCCUCCCCUCUACAGGCCCAGCAACUCAAAACUGUACAGAUAACGAAAAAGACGCCGGUCUCCACAGCAGGGCCCAUGAUCACCAAGCUGAUCAUCACCAAAGCCCUGAACAACAAGGGCCUGACGAGCCAAGCCACAGUCACUCCUAUGGUCACAGGACGGGUUCUGACCCAGAGUACUCCAGUGACCCCUCCACGGACCAUCACCAUCGGAGAGACCAUCAGCACGACGCCACAGAGUCUCUCCUCCAGCAGCAGCAGCAAAAUGGCCAUUUCUCCUCUUAAAUCUCCCAACAAGGUCACCGUGGCCGCUCAGCCUCCUAACUCUCCGCAGAAACCCGUGGCCGUGCCUCUGAACGUGGCGCUGGGUCAGCAGAUCCUCACCAUGCAGCAGACACCUUGUACUUCACCAGCUAAAGCAGGAAGCAGUCAGUCCACUGCCCAGACAGUGAAACCGGUGCAAGCUGUGACAGUGGGCGGAGUCAACACACCUCAGUUUAAGACCAUCAUCCCCUUGGCCACACCUCCCAACGUUCAGCAGAUCCAGGUACCCGGCAGCCGCUUCCAUUACGUGCGCCUGGUCACGGCCACCACCGGGAACGCGGUCCAGACGGUCAACACCAGCACGACCUCCAACCCCACCACCAUCCAGCCUGCAAAGCCCAUGGUGAUGAACACGGCUGCAGUGAGGAUGUCCGUUCCCAUCGUUCCGGCUCAGACCGUCAAGCAGGUGGUGCCGAAGCCGAUGACCUCAGCAGCUCAGGUGAUGAGCAGCAGCCAGACGCAGCAGAGGCUCAUCAUGCCAGCCGCUCCUCUCCCUCAGAUCCAGCCCAACCUAACCAACCUGCCCCCGGGCACCGUGCUCGCUCCGGCUCCGGGCUCGGGGAACAUGGGCUACGCCGUGCUGCCAGCCCAGUACGUCACGCAGCUCCAGCAGUCGACGUUUGUGACUUUGGCGAGCAGCUCAGGUUUCUCCACCCCCAGCUCCAUCCAGAGCCAGGCCAGGCUUCCUCUGAAUGGUUUAUCUCCAUCAGAGACGACGUCCAGACCGCGAAAGCCCUGCAACUGCACCAAGUCCCAGUGCCUCAAACUAUAUUGUGACUGCUUUGCAAACGGAGAAUUUUGUAACAACUGCAACUGUGUAAACUGCUUCAACAACCUGGACCAUGAGGGCGAUCGCCUUAAAGCCAUUAAGGCGUGUCUGGACAGAAACCCGGUGGCCUUCAAGCCCAAGAUCGGUAAAGGGAAGGAAGGAGAAUCGGAGAGGAGACACAGUAAAGGCUGUAACUGUAAAAAGUCGGGGUGUUUAAAAAACUACUGCGAGUGCUAUGAGGCGAAGAUCAUGUGCUCGUCGAUCUGUAAGUGUGUGGGCUGUAAGAACUUUGAGGAGAGUCCUGAGAGGAAGACUCUGAUGCACUUGGCAGAUGCGGCGGAGGUGCGAGUGCAGCAGCAGACUGCAGCUAAAACCAAACUGUCCUCUCAGAUCUCAGACCUGCUGACCAGAACCGCUCCGGCCAUCAGCAGCAGCGGGGGGAAGUUGCCGUACACGUUCGUAACGAAGGAGGUUGCCGAGGCGACGUGUGACUGUCUCCUGGAGCAGGCGAGGAAGGCAGAGCGUUGUAACCAGCCUCAGGCGAUGGCAGAGAGACUGAUCCUGGAGGAGUUUGGUCACUGUCUGCGCAGAAUCAUCAGCUCUGCUGCUAAAGCCAAGACGGACUGCUCCAUCAACUGCUAGAACCUCCCGCUGUGGUUCUGGGAUAGGCUCUAGUGGGGAACUGAUCCUGGAUCAGACUUCCUGUAACACACUCUGUCCUGUCAGCGGCAUUCCCGUGACGGAGCUCGUGCUUUUAUACAGAGUGAGACUGAUAUUAGCUGAUCGUACACGAGCGUGGCCAUGUGUGUGUGUGUGUGUGUGGGGUUGGGGGGGGGGGGCGGAGCUACAGUGGACACAGAGAGACAGACUUUAUAAGAUGAGAACUGCAAGGACUGCCAGCUUCAUCUGCAUCGCUCUGGUGUGUGUGUGUGUGUGUGUGUGUGCGCGUGUGCGCUUGUACAGGUCACUUGUGUCGAGGUGAAUUGAUUUUAGAGUUUUUAUGCUUGUUAGUCUUCUCAUUUAAACCCACUAUCAGGUGCGGUUCAACCCCCCACCCCCCCCGUGUGUUUUUCCCAACAAGGCUUUCCUUCUGUGCCGUCGUUUCGCCGUCUGCUCUGGCUGUUUAUUUACCGCUAAUAACCUCAGCUCAAUAAUCAUGACUUGUAUACAGUACGUAGCCUUUACUGUAGCCUCUUCAUAAUGCAUCAGUAUUUAUUUACUAAUUCCAGAAAUUCCCGAGAGUGGACGCGGAGCGGGAGUCUCGCGCUCGAGUCCGGUUUACACGACCGAGUUCCUGCUGAAGUGAAGGAAGGUUAAAGCAUUAUUACUAAACCCUGUUCAUCUCUUUCA